CUGCAAUCCCUCUGGCUCUCACCCCGUCUCUCGCUCCCUUCCUCAACAGUCCCACCAAUCUCUGUCCAAUCCAGCCGUUCUGAUUGUGUGUCUGUCCCAACGGGAUCGUCUCUUCAACCCAAUUCAUCUGUUUAUGCAACUGUGCUGUCCCUGCUGGAAUCCCCAAGAUCAGCUCCGUUGAAAGAUGUCCCGGCAUUCGUGUCCGCGGCUGGUUUGGUCCCAGGCGAAACUCGGGCAACUGUGAGUGGUCAGCUGGAAGACGAACUGGAAGCGGAAGCCACACGUCAGGUGGUGAUGGCAGCCAGACUGGAGCAGGCGGCGAAGCAAGCCGCACACCGAGCGGAAACUCUGCAGGAUCUAGCCGACGAAGCAAAAUUGCGCGCGUUCGAGGCUGUGGCCGAAGGAGAAGCAUUGGCUAAUCGGGAACGGGCACUACAAGCCACAGCACGAGAACAGGCACACCCGUUGCAAUCACUCAGCGAGAAACCAUCGGGUUUGGAUGUUUUACUGGACAAAAAGCCACGAAAAUUGCGCAAACGAGAUUCUCUGGUUCACGGCCCAACUAAUUUUCCAGAUCCGGAAGAUGCGAGCUCACUAGAAGCGUUGCGUGUGCUCUAUUUGCAACGACUAUUGUCCGAUCCGGAACGUCGUGAACCCCGAUUGUCGGGUCUGUUGGAUACGUCUGAUCGUCUCGUUUUUGUCCCCUCUCCUAGCAUGUGGACUGAUCAUUCCCCUGAGGCCCGAGAAGACACAGACAUGAAACCAUUGAGAAAAUUAUUGUUCGCGGAAAGUGCAUACGAGCCGGAUAAUGGUUUAGUGAUCCCAGAACGUAUACUUGCUUCUUCCGCUCUGGUCGAUGAUGAAGAUGAGGAUGAUAACGGAUAUUUUGAUGGUUUUUCUAACUAA